GCCAUGGCAGCCUUCACUGUCAAGGCUACAUAUCGCAGCGAGACUCGCAAGUUCUCUUUACCUGACUCUACCUUUCCUACCUACGACCAGUUGUACAGCCAGCUGUAUCGGGUUUUCCCCAUAUCCCAUUCCUUCUAUCUAUCAAAGCUUCUGUUUACUCCCAGUCCCACUUCCAAUGCUCGUAUUCUAAUUGGCAAGGAGGUCCACUCUCCCGAAGAGUAUGACCGCCAUGUUGCCCCUUAUCGGGGAGGCUCCUGGCAUGGCGCCCUCCUCCGCUUUUCUGUCUUCGACGAGACUCCACACAAGUCUUCAACCGUGUCUCCGAGUGACACACUGCAUGACCCCUUCCCAAGCACCCCAAGCUCGCACUCUGUCGCGUCUGCCACCACUGCGUCCACGGGCGCCUCCUCACCGACCGUUGUUGGCCCUGCUGCGGACUCCCGUCUCCAUCUCAGGGGCCGACAGGAACUGGUCGACCGCAUUCGAGGACAUAUGAACAACCGUCUGUCUUUACAUACUAUGCCUCCAACUCCUCCGGCUUCGUCCCGGCCUACGUCCAUGGCCGAGUCUUCAUCUCGACCCACCUCCUUGGCUUCGGAGCCGGAUGGAUGGCGACCACUACCCAUCCGCCCUCCGUCGAGGGGUGAGUCCGCAGCGAGCACUGCGAGUGUCCGUACAGCUCGGCCUUCGUUAUUUGACCUUCUUGCGAACGCCCCGUCGACUCAGUCGGUUCCUCGCGCCGUUGGCACUCAGCCAGGCGCAGAUUCUGACAUUGUCGACCUUUCGUCGGACAACGAGACCAUUUCGCGCCAUAGAGACAUCAGAUCGCGCGUCGACUCGACGUGGAAGAACGACAGGCCUGUGCCAGACGCGCUCGUCCUUGACGACAGGUCCCCUUCCCCUCGGAGGCCAUCCAUUGACGAUCUCUCUUUACCUCCGCGCCCGCAUACCUUUGUCGCGCCGCCUCCCCCCAUACUCUUCUCGCGGUCAAGCAUGAGCAGCUUGCGUGCUGAACGCGGCAUUGCGCAGACUGACGGUCACGUGCACAAGCCGGCGCCGACUCCCCGCUGCGCUGUUACACCGCCUAUCACCUUACGCACUGAGGCCGCGCAAUUCGCUGCGCAGUCCGCGCAGCCGCCGCAGUCAGAGUCGGGAGAGAGAGCUAAAGAGUCCAGGCGACGUGGACGGUUGACUCGGAUGUUCAUGGACGAGACGAGUCCCCUCCUCCCGAAAUCGAAGGAUGAACCAUGUUGCUCAGUCUCCGAGGCCAAAGCUGAGGUCAAGGUCCUUAUGGAGAAGUUCAAGAAUGACUACGAGCGGGUCAUGGUGAAGGCUUUCGGGGAAGGCUGGGACAGGGACAACAAGGCCUCGCCGAAGAUGGAGGAGGCUCCGCUACCGCGCCUUCCUUCUCCACCGACGCAUCUGCCUGUCAUGCCGGACUUAGUCAAUCCUCGCAAGGCCCCUCGUCUGAACUAUUACCCCCCUCCGUUGCCGGUUUUGCCGAGGCGCAGCCUGUACUCACCUCCACCGCUACCGCCGCCCCCGCCUCCUUUCGUGCACUCCAGGCCCUCGUUAUCCUCACCCUCGUUGCCAACGCUUCUUCCGUCGUCGUCGUCGUCGUCGUCGUGGCAAAGGGCCCUACCACCACCUCCUCCACCGUGUAUCAUACCAUCUCUUCCCCCUCCGCCUCCGCCAUUCAUACGUGCAACGCCUACUGUGCACGUACAGGUUAGCCCGAAGGCAGAGCAAUCGUCUAUGUCUCCGUCAUCUACCAUCAGCACGCCGCCGUUGCCACCUCCGCCUCCCAACUGGAUCCCUUCCGUCGCCUUCAAUCCUACCCAGGAUGCCUCUCAGCGCAAUGACGUGCGCCCCGAAAUUGGCCGUGAAGGUCGAGACAAUGAGGAGACGGUGCACAAGAACGUUAGGUGCGACUUCUGUGGAAGAAGAGACAUCAGAGGGAUUAGAUACAAGUGCCUGCAGUGCCCAGACUUCGAUUGGUGCAGCACUUGUAUGGCAUCCCCUGAAGCUUGGGAAGCACAUGCAGCCACGCACCCCUUCUUCCCAAUCCACCGGAAGGAAGACUUCCUGCACUUCUGUUAUGUCAAGGACCGCCGUGACCGUCGUCAGCUUGCGCACAACGGCAUCACAUGUGACGGCUGCCAGGAGAAGAAUAUCCGGGGUGUGCGUCAUAAGUGUCUGCAGUGCCAGGAUUACGACUUGUGUGAUAAGUGUGUUUCUAGCCCCAAGACACGCCAGGGCCACGACGUGACCCACGUUUUCUUCCCGAUCGAGACGCCCGGCGACAAGGACGCAUACAACAAGGCCCGUAAGGAGGCAAGCCAGCCUGCAAACGCAGCCCUGUCCCCCGCCACUCACGUUCGUGUGCACUGUGACGGGUGCGAGCAGUAUCCCAUCGUCGGCGUAAGGCACAAGUGCUUGGAUUGUGACGACUUUGACUUCUGUACGUCGUGCAUCUCAGACCCAACCAAGCGCGAGGAGCACGAUCCUUCACACUCGUUCUUCCCCAUGGACAAGCCCUCCGACUACUCGAAGUUCGACAGGAUCCGCGCCAACCAUCGUCGCACCACGGUUGAGCCCCUGCGCAACGACAGUGGCUCCGCUCACGUUCAGACGGGCGGACGUCUCCUGCACAAGAACGUCUUCUGCGAUGUUUGCACUGUUGAGAUCGUUGGUGUGCGUCACAAGUGUCUCGAUUGCCCCGACUACGACAUGUGCGACGAGUGCAUCUCGACUCCGCACCUCCGCGAACAGCACCAUGCGCAACACCAGUUCUUCGCUAUCGAGAAGCCUGGCGAGGUCGUCGUCCACACGGUCUUCAGCGGUGAUGGUGAGCGUGAGCCUCCGCGUCCGGCCCCGGUAACACCUCGCGUCAAUAUCCCUCGGUCUGAGGACGUCGAGCCUGUCGUGCACAAUGCGAUGUGCGACAUGUGCGACUCCAGGAUCCGCGGCGAUCGCUUCAAGUGCUUGAACUGCCCCGACUAUGACGUUUGCCAAUCGUGUUACAAGAUCACGCCCGAGCAGCAUCCCGACCACGGCUUUGUCAAGAUCAGCGAGCCGGCGACUCUCAUGAUUCGUAACUCGGCCAACGAUCCUAUCCACUACGCGUCCUGUAACGUAUGUGGCAGUCAGAUCAGGGGCGUUCGGUACAAGUGUGUGCACGAGUCCUGCGACGACUUCGACUUGUGUCAGAACUGCGAAGCUCACCCUAUCUCGGUCCACCCCGUCCACCACCCCUUGCUCAAGUUGAAGACUCCUGGCGCCGUGAUUCCUUUGGUGCUGCGGACUCAAAACGUGCCGCCAAUGCCGAUGAACCCCAGCUCGCCUAUUCGCACGCCGAGCCCUUACGGAGUAGACUAUGCGGAGACACCAGUACCGCGCGAGCCCAAGGUUAUCGACAUGGAGUCGUCGUUCACGAACGCGCCUGCCCAUCCUCCUGCCCUCCCGCUCCCGGAAUUUACCCCUGAUUUGGAAGUCCCUGUACUCCCACAAGUCACUCCGCCCAUCGUAGAGAAUCCGUCCCCACGUCCAUAUCGUCGCAGUCUUAACCCCUUCAGCCGCUUUGAACAUCCUAGCCCGGAGUCCAUCAUGUUCGCGUCCUUUCCGAGACACAUGAGCCCUAUGCGACCUACGCCGCCAUCUCCGGAGCGCCUGGCAUCCCCUCCUCCGCUGUCGCCCAUUAGCGACGUUGACUUCGCACCGCCUAGAUCUCCUUCUCCCCCUCGACUAGUACCGGUUCGUAGCUGGGAGGACAUGUUCGGUCGUGCCGUGCCCGUAGUGGAGAUCGCUUCCGUGAUGCCCCAGUUCGCGCAGCUGGUCAACCUUGACGAUUCUAUCCGAGCAACCUCUCCUGAGCCCAUGCCCUUCCUUGAUGAGCGCGCCCAAGCCUCAGCUGAUUCUGAGCCCUCUGCGACGGCUGAGCAUAACGACGCUGAAGGCACGCUUGAAGGGAUUUCGACGCCGUCGGAUGUCACAACUUCUUCAGCAUCGUCGAAGUCAGUUCCCAAGCUUGGUCUUGUCAACAGCGAAUGGCGUGAACUAUGGCCUGAGAUGACUUCAAUGUUCAAGCACCUCCUCCCGCCCUCUCCUGCCGAACCAUCGUCGACCGCCGAUCCGUCCCCGGGCAAUGGAUUCGCAAUCUCCAAUGCUAUCACGAAUGAACCUAGGAGUCUCGAGGAGCUAAAUGGCCCGGUUGUCGAGGAGUCGCCUUUGGUUGGCGAGCCGCUCCUGUGCCGGCCGCUAAUGCCAGAGAGGUCGGAGAAUCGUUUCACCGCCCGACGCAGUUUGAGCGACCUCAUCAAUUCCAUGUCUCCCACCGUCGUCGCCAUUCCGCGCGUCCCGAGCCCGGAAUCUCCCAUCUCUUCGCCGCCAUCCCCGGUCCAAGACCAAGUAUCCCUCCCGCCUCCUACGGUCCCAACGUCGCCGGUUGUAGCGCCGAUCGUGUCACCCUUCUGGGAUGCCAUCGCCCGCCUCAACCCGCCUCUGCUUGCUGCCUUCGUCUCGGACAGCAACAUCCCUGUCGGACAAGUUUUCCCUCCUGGAGCCGAGUUCGUGAAGUCUUGGCGGAUGCGCAACGACGGCGCCGUGGACUGGCCUGAGACCACGGAGCUCGUGUUCGUCGCUGGAGAUCGUAUGGCACCCUACACCGGCGCUCCUACGAAGUUCAAGAUUGGCACCGUGAAGGCUGGCGAGGAAGUCGAAUUGGUUUCUGGUGAGAUGAAGGCCCCUGAAGUCCCCGGCAAGUACGUGAGCUCGUGGCGCUUGAGCGACGGCAACGGCAAUCUGUUCGGACAGAGUGUUUGGGUCGACAUUACGGUCGCGGAGAUGAACGAACCCUCGUCGGACGAGUCGCUCGCCGCUUCGUCGGUGAUCAUGCCUCGAACUGCCGGGCAAACUGUUUCAGCUCGGUCUAGCAUUGAGCACCAGUUCUCCACGUCUUCUAUGACGGUCCCCUCUGCUCCCCCCUCUGAGAUCGACUCCUCCGUCUCUUUGCUCGACGUUUCGUCUUCCAGCUCUUCGGACGAUGAAGACUAUGCCGUCUACGAAGAUAGUCGCUCGCAAUUCGUCCCUUCCCCCGCCGCGGACGCGCAAGACGUCGAGUAUGUGAUGUUGUUCGACAGCUCAUCUGAAGACGAUUGAGCCCGAACUUGCACUGCCAUAUUUCUUGUUGACUAUGAAUGGGUAUACAAAAUUUCUUUCUUGAUUACGGUUUGUACGAUAGAGUCGAGAUCUGUGAGGUCGAUGCGUCCGAAGCGUAGCGGUUCAUUGUGCGUGUAUCAUAGUUUGAGACUCGAAAGGAAAUAAAUACACAUAUGGCCGGCUAAUGUACAUAUAUGUCUUCCACUGGUUCUGACCUACGCCAUCCCAUUACUUGGCUUCUAUCAGAGUGAUCUUCUCAAGGCGUAUGAGUGACUAUCCCGAACGAGGAGUGAACGCGCCCUCUGUGCGGAGCUGGCUGACGGCGUGCUCGAUAUCCGCCUCGAGGUCAUGUUGCCAAACAGGAUCGAAUUGGUGUCGCAGUUUCUCCCGGAGCACCUCAACAUCCGACCUCUCCGCUCCUUGCAAAUCGUUGAUCGUGCCUGAAGUGUAACUCAUGUUCCAUACCAUCUGCGCCCGGGGUCGACGAAUGCUUGAGUACGUCUUCAGAACGGCCUCCAGAUUGGCGACAUGUGUCUCGGGAUGGCCCAGCAGACGGGAAAGAAUAUAGGCAUCUUCAAGACCCUGGCCGGCCCCAGCUCCUAAAUGGGGUAGCAUGGCAUGUGCC